AAAAUUAUUCUUAUUAUACUUCUUUUUUUUUUUUUUUUUUAAUGAUCGCCUUCUUGCUCAACUUUUUCCCGCCGAGUGAAUUGAGUUAUUGCAACUUUUUGAUUGUACGAUGAUUCUGCCUUUUUAGAUUUUAUGAAUGUUUGCUUCUGACGCCUCGGACGUUAUUUCGCAACUGAUGGAAGUAAGUUUAAAAAUGAUGAUGAUGAUGAUAAUAAUAAUUGGGUACAAGUGCGAUCACUUUGCACGAGCGUCUGGAGCUCGGCGACGGGGGAGGCAGGAAUGUCUCAAGUGGGCCUCUCGCUCCAGUACUGUAAUCAUAAAGAAUGCGCUCCCGAGUUUUUCAUCUUAUGCGGUGAAAUUGGUGACGUUAAAACGCUCAUCGUACCCGAAUACGUCUGUACUGUACUUUGCUCCAUCGCAGGACCGGACCGAGAAGUAAAGAUUAACCCGCGAGCGAGACCGACGUCGCGAAGUUUGCGUCAAAACUCUUCCCGCUGCAGGUGAAAUAUUAAGUCUCAACUUUGUCGACGGUACUAGGCUGGACUUGUAGGGGGCCGAAAUGACCUCAGAUCGCCGGCUCGGGACUUAGAACUCCGUGUUUAAAGAAUCGUCCAUCUUCACAGUCCUGUUGGGCGAUUAAAUGUACGCAAGGCGCUUCCAAAACGGGAAGCGUUUGGCGGGUAAGGUUGUUAGUUAGAAUUUUGGCCGUGCUUAGCUCGCCGAGGACCGCGCGUACCAGGACUUGGAGUUUAGAGAACACAAAUGGAGAUGCUUCCAAAAUCGGUUUGACGGCUGGCUACGAUUUAGUCAAUUCUAGGUUGAUCUCGAGCCACGCCCAGGCAUGGUGCCUGCAAAUACUGUUGUGGGCUGGUGCAAGAAAGUUCUGUCUUCUUUUGUCACAUUGUAGGACUGUGGCUAGAACACGAGCUUCAGGACUUGAUCAGUGCAGGUUCUACCUCCCCAAAUCCUUCUGGCUUCUCGAAAGGAAGUCCCGAACAUGUCUCUGCUGACCCACCUGCUGGCGUGCCUGUUCGGUAUGGGGUCCUGGGUGUCUAUCAACGGUCUGUGGGUAGAACUUCCCCUGAUCGUCCCCCACGUCCCGGAGGGCUGGUACCUCCCGUCGUACCUGUCAGUUCUCAUCCAGAUGGCCAACGCGGGCCCGCUCUUGGUCACCCUGAUGCACCGAUUCCGACCGGGAGCCCUCAGCGAAACGGCGGUGGUUUACGCCAUCAUCGGCCUGGGCGCGGUGGCCGGUUUCCUGUUGGCUUUCUUCUGGAAGGAGGCGGUUGUGGUGGCGGGGGCGCCCCGCAGCGUGGCGCUGCUCAUCCUCACCUUCUUCCUCGCGGCGGUGGACUGCACCUCCUCGGUUACCUUCCUCCCCUUCAUGACGCGGCUGGCGCCGCAGUACCUCACCACCUACUACGUCGGCGAAGGCGUGAGCGGCCUGCUGCCCGCUCUGGUGGCGCUCGUCCAGGGCGUCGGCGUCGUCCGCUGCGUCAACGGCACCCUGGACCGAAACGCCACCGAGGGUUUUCCCGCGUUUGAGGCCCGAUACCAGCCCGCCAACUUCUCCGUCGAGGUGUUCUUCUUCUUCCUGAGCGCCAUGAUGCUGGUGUCCCUGCUGGCGUUCCUGCUGCUCAACCGUCGCGCCGCCGUUGCCGGGGAGGAGACAAAUUGCCGGUACGCCAGCGGGGUCAAGGAGAAGAGGGCCGUCGUGGAGCCGUACAGACCCCCCAGACAGAAGAGCGCCUUUGGCCUCGGGACCUACAGCUGGUUGCAGCUCUUUUACAUCUUCGUGAUCCUGGCGUGGACCAACGCGCUGACCAACGUGGCGCUACCGUCGGUGCAGUCGUACUCGUGCUUGCCGUACGGGAACGGCGCCUACCACCUGUCUGCCACCUUGGCGGCCGUCUCCAACCCUCUGGCCUGCUUCAUCGCCACGUUCUUCCCGAUCAGGUCCUUGCGGCUGAUGGGAUCGCUGACGGUUUUUGGCACCGGAGUGGGAGCGUUCAUCAUGAGCGUGGCCGCCCUGAGCCCGUGCCCGCCGCUGGUGAACCACGCGUGGGGGGGCGUGGUCAUGGUGCUGGCGUGGGUCGUCUUCGUCCUCAGCCUGUCCUACGUCAAGGUGAUGGUCGGCGUGAUCCUGCGCGACGAGGGCCACGGCGCCCUGGUGUGGUGUGGGGCGGUGGUGCAGUUGGGGUCCCUGCUGGGCGCCGUCACCAUGUUCCCGCUCGUCAGCGUCUACAACCUUUUUCACUCAGGUGACCCCUGCAACACGCGAUGUCCGUGAAGGAGACCAAAUCUGCCCACACGCACGCUCAUUGAUCUUAUCUUGGAAUUCAUUUUUUCCAUUUUGUCCUGAUUGGAGAGAAUCCGGAGUACUUUUUUUGGUGUACAGUAUUUUUCGUCUUCUCUCCUCUUUUAAUGACAACAAAUGUAAAAGUGAUUGAAAAUCAAAUUAAACUUCACGAGCGGUCCAAAGUUGAGUUUCGUGACGUGAAUGUAAAACUCCAACGGAGCAGUUCUGAGGUUGCGAGUUGAAAUCCAGCCCCGUCUGUCGUGAGGCUUUUCUGCGGGUACUCCACUUCACUCCCACAUCCUCAAAACAUUCACGCGAGGUGAAGUUGAAGGUGCGAAAUCGGGUGGAAGUGCGACUGGUUGGUUGUUGGGAUGUGCGCUGACAGCAACUGGCCAGUUGAGGGCGUACUUCGCCUCUCGCCCGCUACCAACGUGUGGAGAGAUGCUACAAAAAAAAAAAAAAAAAAUGGAUGGACAGAUGGAAAUUUUGUGGAUCAAAUUGUGCACCUUUUUAUUUCAAAGCUAUUCGACGGAGAGGAAUUUGUUUUCAAUAUUUUUCAUCAACAUCGUCGGAAGAGUUAAGUCGAUAUCAUCAUAAAAUGUCCUCAUUU